AUGGUGAAAAUCUAUGCUUUGGGUGUCCUUUACAAAGGCAUCAAUAGUGCUACUCUCCUGAAAGCAGCAUACAAUCUACAGAGCUUCAGUAUAUUCCAACGUGGUUCAGUACAAGAGUUCAUGGUGUUUGUUAGCAAAACAAUAGUAGAAAGAACACAGCAAGCCUCACGACAGUCAGUAAAAGAAGGAGAGUAUAUGUUGCAAGUGUAUGUGAGGGCAGACAACUUGGCGGGAGUACUGAUAUCUGACCAUGAGUACCCAAACAGGGUGGCCCACACAUUGAUUACCAAAAUACUGGACGAAUUCACAGCUGCGGUCCCAGCUACCCAGUGGCCCACAGGCACUGAGGACAGGAUAGACUUCCACAUCCUACCUGAAUACUUAACUAAAUACCAGAACCCCAGAGAAGCUGAUGCUUUGACGAAAAUACAAAAUGAUUUGGAUGAAACCAAGAUCAUUCUACAUGACACUAUAAAGGCAGUGUUGGAACGAGCGUCCUCGAUUGUUUUCGAGCGUCCUCGAAAUCUAUCGAGAGUCCUCGAUCGUUUUCGAGCGUCCUCGAAAUCUAUCGGGCGUCCUCGAAAUCUAUCGAGAGUUCUCGAUCGUUUUCGAGUGUCCUCGAUUGUUUUCGAGCGUCCUCGAAAUCUAUCGGGCGUCCUCGAAAUCUAUCGAGCGUCCUCGAAAUCAAUCGAGCGUCCUCGAUUGUUUUCGAGCGUCCUCGAAAUCUAUCGAGCGUCCUCGAAAUCAAUCGAGCGUCCUCGAUUGUUUUCGAGCGUCCUCGAAAUCUAUCGAGAGUCCUCGAUCGUUUUCGAGCGUCCUCGAAAUCUAUCGGGCGUCCUCGAAAUCUAUCGAGCGUCCUCGAAAUCAAUCGAGCGUUCUCGAUUGUUUUCGAGCGUCCUCGAAAUCUAUCGAGAGUUCUCGAUCGUUUUCGAGCGUCCUCGAUUGUUUUCGAGCGUCCUCGAAAUCUAUCGAGAGUCCUCGAUCGUUUUCGAGCGUCCUCGAAAUCUAUCGGGCGUCCUCGAAAUCUAUCGAGAGUUCUCGAUCGUUUUCGAGUGUCCUCGAUUGUUUUCGAGCGUCCUCGAAAUCUAUAGGGCGUCCUCGAUCGUUUUCGAACAUCCUCGAUUGUUUUCGAGCGUCCUCGAAAUCUAUCGAGAGUCCUCGAUCGUUUUCGAGCGUCCUCGAUUGUUGUAG